AUGGAUCCUGCAUCUAAGAAUGACAAACAUUCUGAUUCUGAUAGUGAUGAGGAAGAUAUGAAAGAUAAUAGAGUAUUAUUACCACCGAGAACUACAUAUUAUUACAACCAGAUGUUUCCUAACCAUAAUGAUGAGAAUAACUUUCAUUAUGAUGAAAAUAAAUUAUAUGAUGAUCCACCAAAUAUGCAAGAGCUUGUUGAAAACGUUCUAGAAAUUGGUGUUUCACAGGAAACUGCAGUACGCGCUCUUAGGCUAGCAAAUUACAAUUUUGUUGACGCGUGCUUGCUAAUAGACGAAGAUUCACUUGGUGAUGGAAGCUUAGAGUCAUCAAAAUCGAAUAAUGCAUUGAAACCAAAUUCAAACAAUCAAAAUCCGUCACAAAUUAAUCGGAUUCCGAAAGAAUGGCUGGAACAGCUUUCUACUAGAGAACAAGCCGAAUUAACACGACUUUUUAAGAAAUAUGGAAUAGUUGAAACUAUUAGAGAUGUUUAUCUAGCAACUGGCUAUGAUGAACAAAUUGCAGAUAAUAUUUUGUCUCAAUAUAUUAAAUAA